AUGUUCCGCGGCGAGUGGCCGUACUGGGAGUGGCCGCCCAUUCUUGAAAAAGAUGCGAUGCCAGUACAGAAUCGGGUCGCGGAUUACUUCGUCGUCGCCGGCUUCAACCCGAAAAAUGCAGAGAGCUUGAGACUCCCAGGAGAAUCCUCCAAAAAUGAUCCGAUCUGCGACGUCGUCGUUUUAAAUGCCAACGAGCAGGAGUCCGUGCCACACGGGUACACCCUAGUCGACAAGACAGUCGGUGGCUUGCCAGCUGAUCUCAACCAUGGGAGCUUCAACGCGCCGUGCAUGUACAUCUGCAUCAGGCGCGGGAAAGAUAAGCCUCCAAUCGUGCGCGUCGACGUCGUCCAGGGCGAGCAGGCCAAGGGCGAAGUGAUUAGACGGACGCCCCACUCCCGCUCCGCCAACAUCAACAACACCACGUCCUUCAAUGCGACGCCACUCUAUCUCCGCCUCCACCGCGACAGCUACUCGCCCUUCGUCGUGUCAGAGCUGGCAGUAGUGAUUCCUUCCAAGGGCGAGCAAGACCCGCUCGGCUUCGUCCGUUGCCCGCAGAACCUCAAUCUCGGCAUGGUCGGCUCCGGUGUCUUUCUCACUUACAAGUUGUCGCCGAAGUCGGUGAACAGAGCGAGCUAUCGGGCCGAUUUGCUUGCCCGAUUGCCGAAGGAAGACCAUGCAGAUGUGCCAAUGGCGCCCUGGGUCAACUCUGUGCCUAUCUUCGCCCUGCCCUCCGGCGCCAGCCUCGAGAGCUGGGACACUGAUCAACAUGGCGAAAUUAACUCGAAUCCUCAGUUUAGUACGUUCGUUUUGACAACAGAAACUUCGGAAAAGAUUUACGGCGCAUCGCUGGUCUUUCUUGAAAAGUUCGACAAGGCGCUGCUGAAAGAAUCGCAACGCCGCCGCCUCGGCCUCAACGCGGGCAACAACGAGCCCGUCCCAGGCGCCGAGGAGAAAGAAAUCUUCGUGUCCAAAGCCAUUUGUCUUCUAUCAAAGCAUCCUUUCUUCAACGCCUUCGAGGCCUUCCUCAAGUUCCUGUAUCAAAUGACGAUUUCAAACUCGGUGCAGAAAGUGUCCCUCGAGCGCCAUAUCUCGCAAUUCAUGAGUCUACCCUUUCCCUCGCCCAGAUGUCCCCGUAUUCACGCUCACCUCUCCAUCCACCACGAGAUUCACCUCUCGCUUCCUCGAUUUCGCCCCUUGCCGCCCAGCGGCGCUAGUUUCAGCUCGUUGUUGUGGCACUUGGGCUCGGAGCGGAUGAUCUCCCUCUUUCACGCAGUUCUGACGCAGCAGCGAAUUUGUGUCCACUCCCUCCAUCUUCAAGAAUUAACGCCGGCGGUAGAAGCUGUCGCCAACCUCAUUUUCCCUCUUCAGUGGCAAUGUCCUUUUAUACCUCUUUGUCCCAUCGAAUUAGCGUGCAUUAUCGAGUCCCCUACUCCCUUACUUAUGGGCGUCUCCAGCACCUAUUUCGAAUGUCCGGAUAAUGUUCCGGACGAAUCCGCGGUCUACCUGGUUUCUCUCGAUCGAGGAGCCAUUCCUGAUCAAGACAAAAAGUUCAAACUCAUUCCUGCGCGUUUCCUCCAGCCCCUAAUGAGCACCGUCAAAGAAAUCGAAACGCGACUGCGAGCUGUUGGACGAGCAGGAAGCGAUUUCAACGGUGGUGGCGGGGAUUACAACACAUUAGAUGAUCCUGAAGCGGAGUCCGAUCGGGCGCAGAUAGAACUGGAUCUACGACAAGCAUUCCUUCGCUGUUUGUGCCAUUUACUCGGGAAGUACCGUUCAUUCUUGCUUCCGAUUCGACACCAGCCAACAACAGAAACAACCGAUCUAAAAGUUCUCUUCGACGUCGCCGGUUUUAUUUCAAAGAACGCUGGGUCAAGCAAAAGCAGUCGCACAUUCUACGACUCUCUGACGAGCUCGCAGGCUUUUUGCGCAUUCAUCGAGUCGAGAACCUUCUCUGGUGGCCACGUGGGCAUCCAGCAGCACGAGUUCUUCGACCAGUGCCAAGAUCUAAUCGAACGGAAUCCACAGAACGCCGGAACCAUUCAUUUAUUAAAAGCUGGCACGCCGAGCGAAGAAGACACAAUGAAAAUCGUCCCUCCUCCUGAAGACGACGGCGAAAUCGCUUACAGUGAGUUUCCCACUACGCUAAAGUCUGUCGUCGAAGUCACGACGCAGCGAAUCGAGAAGAUGGAAAGCUCUGCUGGUCAACGAACGCCCCAAGAGCUGGAUAUGGCCAGAAGUACUGCCGAUACCUACUGGAGAGACGACAACCUCUGGCCUCUGUUACUCCGUUCUUACUACUACGCACUCAGUCUCAUGUACAUUCCAACUUAUACGAAGACCGCGCCAAGUGCAACAGCCGCCUUUCGCGAAGGUCUAAAAGUGAUGGAGCUGAUGGGGCAGGAGCGCAUCACUCUUCCGGACGAAGCGCCUUUGAGAAUGAUCCUCGCUUCUUGUCUCGACCAUCACAAACCGAUGACAGCCGUGCGGGUCCUAAAUGCUGCCAAGAAAGUCCUCAGACUUCAGAUCAACGCGGCCACUUAUGCGCUUUACAAUCAAGUGUUGUUGGAGGCAAAAUGGCCAGAGAACGCUCGCGAUGGAUACACUCUUUGGAAAUUGUUGAAAAACACGGUUUUGGCGACGAUCGCAUUCAUGGAACCUGUUGAAGGUUACCGUCGAUUCCAAAGUCCUGCGCCGGAGAAUCAGUUUAACAUGAACAUGGGCCUCAAUCACGCAUCGAUGCAAGCGGCAAAGACAGGCAGCUCGCGCUCGCUCGAAGGUGCCUUCCAUGUUACUACGAACGAAGAAGCGGAGAAAGAAAAGGUCUUUGAACCGCGCACAGACUCGCCCAGUGCACUUUCCGUCGACACUUUAAAUUUGAACGAUUCAAAUCGAGACAAGGGAGGAGUCGAGUCUGGUUUGCCCAGGCCGGACCUGGGCUUUGCCGUUUCCCAAUCCAACCCGAAUCUUUCCAAGACUCUUCCUGCAACCCCGACAAAAUCUUCUUCUCCACCCCUGAUCGCAGCUCAUCCUAAAUCAAAAGCCGUCGCUUCCAAAAGCUGGGGACUCAGUUCAUUUUCCAAGUCCUUCACGGUCGACAACCUUGGUCUCUCAAAAAUGUCAGAAAAACUUGGAACCAGCUCGCCAAUGAAAUACUUUCAGUCGCCAAAGGUUUCCAAGGCCAUCACGGAUACUGUCGACUCCUUUACUGACACUUUCGAAUCUGUCAAAGCGUCGCCAAGUUACAACAACUUGAAGGAUGUUUCGAAAAAGUACGUGGACAAUUUCUCGGCAGCUGCAAAGACAAUGAUGGAUAACAUGGAUGGAAAAGGGGUCGAACAAGAGGAGGGAUCUAGCGAAGACUCGAUGGGUGUCAACGAAGACGACGCAAAGAGAAGCUCCCUGAGAAGGAGAGUAAGACCAAACUCUCUGGAAAAGCCCUUAUCGGACGGAACUGGAAGCGUCAAAUCAGCAACGAUCCUCUCUACUCCUGAUAUUUUCGUGACAAUGUCAGCUGCCUGCACAUGCUCGAACUGUGGCACGCCACUGUAUGAAGAAGAAAUCAUGGCCGGCUGGACGAGCGACCCGAAUUGCAUGCGAACUUACUGUCCCUGGUGCCCAAAGGUAAUCAUUGAUUACUAA